AUGCAUCUGUUCUUUUAAUUUUGAAUUCAGGUAAAAUGAGUUGGAAAUCUGAACAUGAAACUUAUGGGAUAGCGAUUCAUAAUUAUGACCAAUCACGCCCAUAUUCAUUAAAACUCUGGCGAGGGGAUCUCAUCAAAAUUAUUGAGUCAAACCAAGAUUGGUUUAGAGGCAAUAAACUUAACGAUGAAAAUAAAAUUGGAGUAUUUCCUAAAUCCUUUAUUAUGAUCAAUGAUAAAAAGAGAAAUAAUGAUUCAAGCUUAAUAGCUGAAAUAACUAUUACAAUUAAAAAAUGGUUUGUUUGUUGGAAACAAUUAUACAAAGAAAAUAAGUUAAAUCAUUUUACAAUGAUCAAGAUGAUGAUAUAUUUGUUAAUUGAUUCAAGAAAACAACUUUUAUCAAUAAACUUGACCAAUGAUGAAUGCAACAAUAUUAAAGAUAUAAUUUUAGCACAUAUUGAUCUAGGAAAUGGAAUAUUAGGCUUACCAAUAGUAAUGAGGGAUGAGCUCGGAAUUCUGAUAAACCUAGACACUAUUAAUAUUAUAUCUUUAUUGAAUAUACAUGUUAAAGAAUCAAUUUAUCUCAAAAAUCAAAUUAAAUUUAUUAAUGAAAAUAAUCAAAUUUUAUGCAAUAAUGGUCUUAGUAAUAUGGAGCAAUUCAAGUUUUUGAAAAAUUUUAAAAAGUUUCCAACAAAAACCAGAGCUAAGGAAUUUGAACUUGAUAAAAGAACACACUCUUAUAACUUAUUGAUUAAUUUAGUCAAUAUAGUUUGUGAUAAAUUUUAUGAAGCCCAUUGCACCAAUAUAGAUGCCGAUGUCAUAAUGGCAUUGUACGAUGCCAAGGAAUUACGUUUUUUCACAGAAAAUUUUCACAUCAAAUGGUGCGGGAAUAACGAUAGGUUCAGAACAUCUCUCAACAUUACCACACUAAAUAAAACACACCGCAUAGAUGACGAAUCGAAAUCUCUCGUGGAUAUAGUGUCCAACGAUAAUAGCUAUCUUUUGGAAGGAGAUUUUCGGAAAGAUAAAACUUACAAAGGAAUUUUUAUGGAUUUAGGAAGGAAAGAUCUCACGAGGGAAAAAAUUUAUUUGGUGUGCCAAAUUAUCAGAAAAGGCGUCAUGGAGAUGAAAGAUGGGGAUAUUAAAAAAUUAACAACAGAUAUACGUAGACCAUACGUUGUGGCAGCCCUAGAGAUAACGGAUUAUAUUAACGGCACUUUAUUUUGCGACGGUGAAACUCAACAUUUCGUUCCCUUUUUACAAUGCACCGACAAAGAAUCGAUCGAAACAGUUAUUAGAAAGGCUAUACAUGCCAAGGAAAUUAAUCAUAAAGGUCAAGGUUUUUGGGUUUCCGUACGCUUGUUGAAUGAGGACAUCGAAGAGACUCAGUAUGAUAAUGUGGUUAAGAUACAAAAGAUGGGAUUUCCAGAUAUUAUAAUGCCAGGUGAUUUUAGAAAUGAUUUGUACAUAACUUUACAGCAAGGGGAAUUUUCGAGAUACAUAAUGGGCAAAGUUUUGGAUAAGAAUAUCGAGGUAGCCAUUAGUUUGCAUGACAAUUCUGGAUGUCUUAUACAGGGUGUCUUUACUAUCGGUGCAACUUGUACCCAGCCAUUCGAUACAUAUAAAUCAGCUGUUUAUUAUCACGAGGACAAACCAAAAUGGGCCGAAAGUUUAAAGAUAACGAUACCGAUCGAGAUUUUUUACGAAUGCCACAUUAGAUUUACUUUUAAGCACAGAUGCUCCAAUGAAGCCAAAGAUAGAAAUGAGAAACCUUUUGCGAUAUCUUUCCUCAAAUUAGUAGAUCAUCUGCAGACUGCCAUUAAUGACGGUUCCCAUAAUCUUCUUAUAUACAAGAUUGAUCAUAAGAAAUACGAUCCAAGUAAGGUUGACUACUUGGAACUUCCUUAUAUACACGAACAUUUGAUAAAUACAACCACAUCUGACAUUAAAAAUAGCGGUUCAAGAUUCAACUUUGUCAAUACCAAAUACGAGCUCGAUAAUAUUCUCCCCAAGAAUAGUAAUCCAUUUGAGCCAACUAUUAAUUAUAACAGUGCAAAUAGUACCGAUUUGGGUUUAAGUCCUCAUAGUAAGAAAAAUUACUCCCUCACUUGGAAGCGUCAAAAAAAGAAGAGUAGUUCUUCCCCUCAAUCUAAAGUGGACAUUGGCGCUGGUCCAGAAAAUAGUUAUAAAAUGGAUCAUAUAUUAUCUCAAAGUCCAACUAUAAAAAAACCGAAAGCUCCUACUUCCCCAUCAUUUUCAUCGAAUAUUGAGCAUGAUUAUACUUCGAAUCCUGCUUUAAAUGGAUAUUUGACUGCCUUAGAUGGUAGCGAAAGGAAGUGCGGGCUAACAUUGAGCCUCAAGGAUUCUUUUAGGAUAUGCUCUUUACUUUGUUCCACUAAAUUGACUCAAAAUGAGGAUUUGUUGGGUCUAUUAGCAUGGAAAUCGAAUCCCACAAACAAGGCAUUGGAAAAAAUUUUAAGCGCUUUGCCCAAAAUCAGGGGAGAGGAAAUUGUCAAGUAUCUACCCGAUACAUUAGACGCGCUAUUUGGCAUUCUAGUUUCUAACCAAGGAAAUUACACUGAAUUCGAAAACGCGAAAAAUUCACAAAACAAAAUAUCGGAUUCGAUGUUUGAAUGUAGUAACAAAGAUUUUUACGAUAUUCUAGGAGUAAAAGAGGAUAAAAAUGAAAUCGGAAACGAUGAUGAUAGGUCGUUAUAUAUUCCUAACAAUGAUAUUGACGUAAAAGAGUCGGCGGUCAAAAGGAACUUUUCCACAAAUGAAUCUGACGUAACUAAGCGCCACCCCACUACAGAGAUACAGAGUAUGGAUUUGCUAGUAUUUGAUUCUCUUGUUUUUAUCAUAAGCUUAGUAUCCGACCGGAAAUACAUGUACUUCAAAAGCGUUUUGGAUAUUUAUAUCAAGGAAAAUUUUAGUUCUACACUAAUUCACAGAAAGCUGAUAAAAAUUCUUAUAGCUUACAUCGAAGCCGGUAUUCAGAGUCCCUCUCCCAAUUUCUCAAAAUCUAAUCUUAAUAAAUCUCACUCGUUUAAUCAUGCUUCCGAAAUGGAAAAAUCUAACGUCACGGAGAGUUUUGACGAGAAUAAUACGAGGGUGAAAGUCUUGAGAAAUAUUUCUCACGACAGUUUACUCAAGAUUAUGAAAUGCCUGGAGUAUUUGAUCCGUUUUUCCAUUCGAUCUUUCCUAUUGUAUUCCGCCCUUAAUUCCGAGAUGUGUGAUUAUGAAUCUUUUUCGGGUGAUAUCAAAUGUCUUUUGAACGCUUUGGCUCAGUUCAUGUCCAUAGGUAACCCAAUAGCUCUUAGCGAUGAAAUUAAUAUUACGAGCUCGGAUAGUCAACGUUGUGGUAGCGUAAACGAGCCUAACUAUGGUAGUAAGCUUGAACUUGUCGCCCUGUCAUCCCACUAUGAUACCUCAUUGAUUAGUAGCGACUCCAUUUCCAUCAAGAUUAGAAAGGAAGAGAACGCCGAUUUUUCUUCUUUUCAAAUUAAUCAAUUCAACAGAUUUUCUGCUCAAUCUCAGACUUCUCUCCGUUUUUUUAGCUCUUCUAAAAACGAGGCAAACGACGAAAACAAGUUGUUCCUCGCCAAAGCAUUGCUCAUACAAGCCUCUAUCCUUAAAUAUUUGCCCGUGGCUAUUGGGGAGAUCUUUAAAAUUUAUCGGGACACGUACGACUUGACAUUCAGACUCUUGUCGGUGCUUAAAUCGUUACCGCUGACUACCCUGAGACGUCAGAGAUUGGAUUUUUAUGUGAUUCUAAUGAAUCAAGAUUCCGAGGGUGAAUGCCAACUGCUAAACGAUAGAAGAGCUUUUGGACUAUUUUUGAGUCAAGAAAUCAUCCCGUUGGCCCUAAAUACGAUCGAAUAUAAAUCCUCGAGUAUUGACGGUAGAGAAUUUAAUGAAGAGUACGACGGAUUUUUUAAGGACUCUGACUGCUUAUCCAAGUUAUUAAACCGAACCCUUGAAAUAUUGUCUAAGAAAUACGAACACGAUGAAAAGUUUUUUUAUUCACUAUUUAUCUUAGAUCGUUCAGAAUCCCUCGAAUUUAACCCAAAUGAGAUCAACCUUUUCAAGGAAAAGGUAAAGUUGCUCGAGCAUAACGACGCGAUGACAUGGGCCAGGAUUCAUAGCUCCAUUGUUAUACGAGUUAUAGUGCCAUAUUUGGAAUCUUACAAUGUUAAGAACACUAAUUUACCCGGGAAAAUGGAUUUAUUUAGGCAGUAUCUUGUAAUAGCCUUAGGUAUGAUGCAUUUGACCACGGAACAACAUUUUAAUUUGUUGAUUGAUAACAUAAUUACAUCGAAAAAUUUGUCGGCAGAUUUUAAUAUGCUGAACUAUUUGGCUAACUUAGUAGAUUUAACCGAUUUUUUAGCGGAAAUAAUGUGUACUAUAUUAACGAUAUAUAUACCUUCGUAUUUUCUUAACAAUGAUGAAGUUUUUGAUAAUAAUUUUCCUUUCCCCCAAGAAUGGGUAUCCAUAUAUUAUAAAACUGAUUUUAUAUGCCUUAAAAUUUUAGUUAUGAUCAGUAAAACUGUUCAAAAAUGGUACACAGCCAUUCCUUAUUCCUUUAAGAAUGAGAUUUCCACUCCGAAUUUGUCUCAAAAUACCGAAAACUCUAGCGAAACCUUGUUUUUAAUGUUCCUUAAACCCACAUGGGAACUUUUGUUUCACGCUUUUCUCUCUUUUUUAUCGCAUCAUUACACGUCUUUAAUUCAAAAUAUUAGCGAAAACGAUGAAUAUAUAAAUGACCACCCGGCCACAUUGGACACUAAUCAUACACUCAUUGUUGCUACUCAAGAGAUAUAUAACCUUUGGAAGGCCAUACCCACACACCUCAAACCUUAUUUCAUAAUUGAUAAGGGUAUCAUGGAUUAUAUGCUCACUGUCACAAUAAUAGCUAACCAUUUUGAAAUAAGGGAGAUUUUGAUUACAAUAUUUUACGACGUUUUACGCUUAACUAGUCAGAAUACUAGUUCCUUAAAUUUUUAUACGUCUCGUUCUUCCUUCAUCUUUAACUCGCAGUCUUCCACAUGUUUUGAUCAAAAUAAUAGCGGCGCUGCGUUUAUGGGUUGGAAUGAUAAUCGAUUGGAUUUAGACGCGAAAACAACCCUGGAUAGCUAUUUUAAGCGAUCGUUUUUUGAAACAAUCGAAAACACUCUCGAAACAGAUGGGUACAUAAACUUUCGCGCCUUUAAAGCCCUAAUCUUGAACUUUAGGGCGUCUUUUAGACAAACUAUUCAACACGAAUUAUCUCGGGAACCUAGAGAUUUUGCCAAUCACGAUUCAACCAUCUUAUAUUUGGAUACCGUAGAUAAAUUGAUAGACCUACUCCUAGAGUAUCAUAGUUGUAAAAUAUCUAGCAAGUCAAAUUCUGGUCUUAUAGAUGAGUUAUGCAUAUCCAAGCGUAAAAUACCAAUAAUAUCAGACUCUGAAAGUCAAUGUCUGGUAGAUCUGAUGCAAUUUAACAAGGAUAUGGGGAGGAUCAAGGCUUACACUCACUUUUUAGACAAGUUAGUCAUCUUGCACAUCAGUCAAGAAGAUUUUGGGGAAGCAGGGUUUGCGUUAAAACUCAAAGCUGAUUUAUUAGAUUGGAGCGAAAAUGAAUAUGGAGAGAUUAAGGACCAUGAUGAAAAGGUUGAAUUAUAUAGAACGGUUAUAGAUUAUUUUACCAAGGGGAAACUCUGGGAGCCCGCAAUAAAUAUGUGCAACGAAAUCCUGAGCUAUUACGGAACAAUCAACGCCUUCAACUAUUCUCAGAUCUCUCGUUGGCAUCAUGUUGUAGCUUCCCUGUAUGAUUCCAUAUUGACCCAGCUGAGGCCCGAAAUUGAGUAUUACAGGGUAGCCUACAUAGGCAAUGGCUAUACCUCGCGAACCCAUAAAAACAAAUGUUAUGUGUAUCGAGGCAAACCGUUUGAAAGACUAUCCGAAUUCAUACAUCGAAUGCAGGAAAUUAAGCCUGAUGCUAAACUUGUUACCACAGCCGAUUUAUCAAUAUCUUCCGAAAUGAUGAAUUCGAACGAAAAAUAUUUGCAUAUCAAUAAAGUUACUCCUAUCAAUAAACAAAACUACAUAUUCGAUCAAAAAUUGAUUCCCGAACAAAUUAUCUCAUAUUACAAAACGAACGAAGUUCAAGAAUUUGAAUAUACGCGGCCCAUUAUUAAAGCCGAAGCGGGUGUUAAAGGAGAAACGGAUUUUGCCAAUAUAUGGGUAGAAAAAACGUAUUUGUUAACUUCGCAUUCCUUUCCAGGCAUUCUAAGAUUUUCUCCCAUAUAUCAUUCUCAUACGGUUUUACUCAGUCCCCUUGAUAACGCUAUUGAAAUCAUGGAGGAAACUAACAAAAAAUUGAAGGCUGGCGUUAAACACCAUCUAUUACACGACAAUGUCGUUGUAGACGACGGUAAAUUAUCCACUAUUGACAAUAGCAAAAGACUUUCCUCGCCUAAUAACCCAUCAUCCAUUAAUACUCUAAGUUUGCUCUUGAACGGAAUAGUAGAUCCUGCUGUCAUGGGCGGUAUUGCUAAUUAUGAAAAGGCUUUUCUGAACGAAGAGUAUUAUCGUGCUCACCCCAUGGAAGAAGAAAAAAUCAGAAAACUAAAGACGCUCAUUUUAUCUCAAAUACCUUUAUUAGAGAUGGGAAUCGUUAUACACGGUAUAAAAUCACACGAGAGUUUGAAAUUGUUUCAUCAAAGAAUGGAGGAAUGUUUUUUGAAGCACAAACAACAUAUCUUGGAACAUUAUUCAGGCAUUAAAGCACCGAAUGAUCUUAUUGUUUCAGCUCUUAGACUUUUACUCUUGAAAACUUAUACCAAAGACCCUUGCGAAUCGUAUAGAAACGUGUCCCCUUUAUUAGAUUCUUGCCUUGGAACUAUUGAGAUCAAUUCGCAAAAUAUAGUGAAUCAACAUUUUUCUCCUCUAUCAUGUUACAGCCCAAACCGUAAUAGACAUUACUUCCAGAGAAUUUCGACUCAAUCUAAUAUCCGAGCUUUCGCGAAACCGAACGAUGACCAGAUGCCACCGUUCUCUCCCAUCGUUUAUAAUCACAACCCCUCUAAUUUUUGUUUCUCAAAUCUGUCUAACUUCAAGAAUAAAAAUAUUAAAAAUAGCAAAGCCUUAAUUAGGGUAAGAUCUACGGGCAAAAAAUUGCUUAAUAAUUUGACGAUUCUCUCAAACAAUAUGGCAGAUUCCAGUAUCCAAUUAGACAAUCAUCAAUUAAAAACUCCUUUAAAUCAAACUGAAAAUAUCAAUUUUAUUGAGAAUGAAAAAAUUAACGUUAAUAAUCUUGAUAUAUUUAACGAUAUUGUUACUACGGAGUGGUACGACCAGGAACUAAGGAAAACAUAUUACGAUAUUAAUACCAUGAAAAUUGUGUUGAGAGAACAAGCUCUGUUAAAUAUACCAACUUCGCCUCAUGACCAACCCAUUGCUAAAAGAAACAUUCGAGAUUUGCAAAGAUUCCAUUCAACCCCUACUUGUAAAUCUCUAGACGUCAUAAACCAUACUUUACCUAAACGACAAUAUUCUUCUCAUCCUAUCCCUCGCAAUGAUAUCUCUAACGAUAAAAAUGAUCAUAACACACUUUUAGAAGUUCCCGUGACAGAUUAUUUAAGUCCACCUAUUCCAUCGAAGUCAAAAUCUUCAAAACGCGAAUCUCCUCAUAUUAUAGACCAAAUUUUAACUAAUUCAUUCGACCAACUAAAAAUAAAUGGGUGUCAGAAUCAUAUGUUUAAUAAAAUAUCCUUUCAUUCGAAUCUUAACAAUGAUAAUAUUACUUCUGACAUCAAAAAUCUAAACAUUGACAGCAAAAACAAUAUACCUUGUCAAAACGGUAUGCAAUUAGAGUCAAACAUGAAACUACUAAAUAAUACACAAAAUGAUCAAAUAAAUAAAUAUUCAAUAAAAGAUUUGAAAAAAAUAUUCGACAUUUAAAAUUACUCAAAAUUAUAGUGAUUAUUAUU